CUCCCACUGCUAUGCAUCGCGAGCGCCGGAAGAGAUCAGAUACCAGCCCUGAGCGAUAUCGCAACGCGAAACAGUAUCUUUUGUGAAGUUUGACGAUGUUGCGAGAUGCAAGAAGCUGCUUCGCUGGCAAACCUCGACGAUCCUGCCUUGUUUUUCGGCAACGCCCAGCCCCAGCCGCGUCUGGGCAGUCUCGCAGCGCGUCACCGCCCUCCGCAAAAACCUCCAGCUCUCACCUCAACUCUUCCAUCCCAACUGCUCUACGCAGGAAGAAGUUUCAUUACAUCUCGCAUCGUGCUAGCGAGCCAAAUUGACCAGCAAGACAAGCCUUGCUUCCCGUCCAGCGUUGCAGCGGGCCACUCAAGAGCUGCCCGCCGUUCCAGGGUAGCUUAUCCAUCAAUCCCCACCAACCACAGCGCCCUUCACUCCCGGUUACCCGGAAUCUCGCAACCAUGUCUUCCAACCGCCACGGCCACGACAAUUCGCACAACGUCUCACGCGUCUUGUACGACCAUGUUAAUGGGCAGAACAACCGCAAUAACAACCACAAUGAAUCCACCCCGCUCCUCCACAACAUCAUCCCCUCGCACAUCCACCCCGAUGGCGAGUCCGGCCGCAAGGGCUUCCACCCAUCCCACUUCAUCAACGUAGCCUGGCGCUCCGGCAGCAAUGCAGCAAAGUACACCAACCUCCUCUGGCCCUUUGUCAUUGUAGCCAUUGUGCUGCACUUUGCUGCACCAUCAAUGCCCAUUGCCAUCUUCGCGACCAGCUACAUCGCCAUGGUGCCCGUAGCCAAUCUCCUUGGUUUCGCAGGCCAGGAGUUUGCCAGGAAGAUGCCAAAGGUCAGCGGAAUCCUGAUCGAGACUGCAUUCGGAAGUAUCGUGGAAAUCAUCCUAUUCAUCAUCUUGAUUGCCAAACAUCAUUCUAGGGAUGGUUCGAGCGAGCAUGGAAACCUCAUUCCGGUCAUCCAGGCGGCGAUUCUGGGAUCUAUACUGACAAACUUGCUGCUUUGUCUUGGACUCUGCUUCUUCGUCGGCGGCCUCCGCCAAAUGAGCCAAAAAUUCCACGCUUCCGUCAGCGAAGUCGGAUCCGGUCUGCUCCUCGUAGCCGGUUUCGGUCUGCUCAUCCCAUCAGCCUACUACUCCGCGCUCAAGGGCUCCGCUGUCGCUCACGCGUCAAAGCACCACGAGUUUACGGAAAAGAUCCUGCAGCACAAUGUCCUCAGGAUCAGUCAGGUGACUUCCAUCCUCCUCAUCAUCGCCUUUUGCAUCUUCAUCUGGUACAAUGCGCGCUCCCAGCACUCGCUCUUCGACGAAGUUCUCGAGGCGGACGAACACGCUGAUCUGGACCACCACGAGGAUCUCGCCAAGCCCAAGUUUACUUUUACAGAGUGCAUGGUUGCGCUUGUCCUGUCCCUCGCUAUUGUCACGCUCCUCGCCGUCUUCCUCGUCGAGCGCAUCGAAGAUGUUGUUGAAUCUGGGGUUCCAGACCAGUUCCUCGGCCUCAUCAUGUUGCCGCUUGUCGAAAAGGCGGCUGAGCAUCUGACUGCUAUUGACGAAGCGUGGGAUGGUCAGAUCAAUUUUGCCCUCUUCCACUGCAUCGGUCCGUCUAUCCAGACUGCUCUCUUCAACGCUCCGCUCGUGGUUAUUGUUGGCUGGAUCAUGGGUAAGGAUAUGGACCUCAACUUUGAGAUCUUCAUGAUUGUCUUGCUGGUGCUGGCUAUCGUUGUGGUGGGUAACUUCCUCAGGGACGGCGAGUCGAACUACCUUGAGGGCGCUAUGCUUAUCAUUGUUUAUGUCAUUGUGGCUGUGGCUGCGUGGUACUACCCUAACCCUGAUGUCGCUACUUCGAAUGGUGCGGAGUAGUGGGGGCAGUGAGAGAGUGAGAUGUAUCGGUGGAGGUGGCGACGCCUAGUCUGGCGAAUUUGCAACCAGGCCAUGUCGACUCUAGUCAUAGCUGCCUCACUAUUUAGCUCUAACGUAGUCUAGCUCUUAGAUAUGCUGGUUGGGACUCGGCGAUUUGCAAUGUUAAGCCAACGAGUAGGAACUAUACGAUCACGAAUUAUGUGUUCCAAGAUGAUAAUACUAGGGUCUCAUAAUGAGAGCCAUGGAGAUAGCUAGGUUCGUCUUGACCGUGCCAACAUGCCUCUUAUCCCAGCUAAGGCAUAUCUUGAUAGAGCACAGAUCUCAAUAGCACUCUAUCUAGUUGUAGAAACAGUAAUUCCAAAGAUACCUUGUGCAUCCAUGCUAAGAGUAGGGAACGCAUACCAAGUAUGAGGACAAGGAGUUAUACAGCGCUUAGUGUAAGACGGAC